ACCGUCCGGCCGCCGGCCCGCAGCGAAUCUCUGCGUCUGGCCUCGCUCGCCUCUCCCCCAAGUUGCAUCCAUCCCCAAAGGCAUCCUCCGUCCGUCUGCAGCUUUCAUCGAUGACUUCAAAGCUGCUGUUUGUGCGCCUCAUAGCUUUCUGUUUGUCUGUCCUGCCGGCCCUCGUCAUCGCGCUGCCUGCUCCGGGCCUGCUCCCACAGCAAAUUCUCUCGGACAUCCGGCAACCGCAGCAUCCAUUCGACUGGAUUCCGACGGGAAAUCAUCCACCUGCGAUCGUCCCAAUCUCCCACAUUAGCCAGCGCUCGUUCAUCGACAGCUAUGGACGGCAGCGUCUCUUUCGCGGCGUAAACGUUGUUGUUAAAGGGCCGCCAUGGCACCCAACGAUCGACCGAUGGGACCCACAACUGUCAUUCAGCCAAGAAGAUGUGGACUUUAUUGCCGAUCUGAACCUCAACAUCGUCAGAUUAGGCGUGAUGUGGCCAGGCUUUGAGCCGAGCCGCGGGCACUAUAACUCGACCUACAUCGCAAUUCUCAAGACAAUCGUUGAGCGAUGCAGAGCAAAGGGCAUUUACGUGCUGCUCAAUAUGCACCAAGAUGUAUUGUCGGAGAAGCUCUGCGGCGAAGGCAUCCCUCUGUGGGCCGCUGAGGAGCUGCUCGUCCCAGCCAAGCAGAGCCAGGCCUUUCCGUUUCCACUCGAAGACCCAUGGGCCCUGAACAACACGCAGGGCAUUCCCUCGCGUGAGCGCUGCGACACCCGCGAUUGGUUCGAGUAUCACUUUGCCGUAGCAACAUCAAGGGCGUACCAGCGGCUCUAUGACGACCGGAACGGCAUCGGCCGGGCUAUGGCGCUCUUCUGGGCAAGGGUUGCCCAGGAGUUUGGGCAGUAUGAUAAUGUCCUGGGAUACGAGCUCAUCAACGAACCAUGGGCAGGGGACGUCUUCAAGAACCCGCUGCUUCUUUCGCCAGGCGUUGCCGACCUCGUCAACUUGCAGCCCUUCUAUGAGAUGAUUCAUGCAGAGAUCCGCAAAGUCGACAAGGAGCGCUUCGUGUUCUUCGAGUCCGUCACAUGGGAUAACGUCGCAGUCGGGUUCACACGGUCGCCAGGCGGAUCGCAUUACCGCAACAGGUCAGUCCUGAGCUACCACCACUACGACAAGCGCCCGAAUGUGCUCAAGAUCGAAAAGACAUUCAAGGAGCGAAUCCUGGAUGCUGCUCGCCUCAAGAUUGGGCUGAUGCUCACCGAGUUUGAUAUCGCUUAUCGGGCGUCCGAGUCGGUUGGCUGGAUCAAAGAGACCCUGGCCUCGGCAGACCAGCAUCUGCAGAGCUGGAUCGGCUGGGAGUACAAGCGGUUUCUCCCGAUCACCGGAUUUGGAGACUCGUUCUUUGAUCCAGACACUGGAGAGCUCUGGCAGAAGAUGGUCCCGCUGUUUUCUCGCCCCUACGCACAGGCUGUUGCGGGCAAGAUUACGUUCAUGAACUUCAGCCAAGAGACCUCUCGGUAUGAGCUGCGGUUUGUUGCCAAUGAGGCCACCCAGCUUCAGACCACCGAAAUCCGGUUUUUGAAGCGGACCCACUAUCCAAACGGCUUCCGAGUCCGAAUCUGGCCCUCAGUACUCUCGUGGGAGCAUCCGGCUGAGCGGGACGAUGGGCUUUUGAUUCUGAAACCCAGCAGCCGAGUUCGGAAUGGCGAAGAGAUCACUGUGGUCAUCACGGGCGAUGUGCCGCAGACAUGAGCCACCCAACGGCAGAGUCCAGUGCGCGGCACAGCGAAGGACCGGCGAGGGGCAGGCUGAAAUACUCUCAUCAUGUACAUUUUUGUGAACACGCCCUCAUCGGUUUUUGGCUG